AUGCCCGCCGACGGUAGCAACGGCGCUGUCGAUCCCAACUUUCCCGCUGGUCUGCGCAUCCAGCCCAGCAGUUCGAAUCGGCCAAGACCCCCUUCUCCCAAAACAACUGCGGACCCCAACUCGCAGACCGAACCGAGCGAUGGAGAGACGCCUUCGUGGGAGGUGGAUACUGCGCAGGACAUCGAGCUCUACGGAAUCGCAGGAAGGAUUUGGGAGGCAGCGUAUUUGCUCGCACGCUAUCUGGUGCCUCCAAGCCAAGCGGGCGCUUCGCUCGAGUUUGAUCCGCAAUGCUCGUUCUUCCCCUCGCCAGGGCAGGCGCCGCUAACCAUCGUCGAGCUCGGCUCGGGCGCGGGAUAUGGAUCGCUGCAUCUGGCACGCCAGCUCGUGCGUCACGCAGAUGCUUUGACGGAGCGACCACCUCGGACACGGCUGGUGCUGACCGAUCUCGAAAACGUCGUGCCGCUGAUGGAGCGUAACGUUGCGCGUGCUGGCUACAAAGAGGCCACCGACAUCCUCGAUGCGCGUGUGCGAAGUCUGGCUUGGGGGAAUCAAGCGCAUUCCUCGAGCCUGAUCGCCGAACUGCAAGACGACGAUCGCUCAUCUGGCAACCCAAUCACGCACAUCCUCUGCUCGGACCUGGUCUACUUUCCCGAGCUACUGCCACCGUUGCUACGAUCCAUCAUUUCGCUCUCCAAUCCCACUAACUCAGACAACAGGAUAGAGCAGUCGACAGACUCGGGUCCACAACUUGUGAUUUCGUACAAGAUCCGCUCGCUGACCAAGGAGCAGCCGUUCUGGUCUGCACUUGGCUCGUGGUUCGAGUUUGGAGCCGUCGACUGCCGCACAGCCAAGGGCGAGUGGCACCGGUUUGGAAGCGAGGGCGCCGACUACGGUGCGUCUGUGGACGCUGACCAGGAACUGUUUGUGUUUGUGGGUCAUCGACGCCCCGACACAUUCGACCGACUGGCACCGGAGCGCGACACCGAGCUCAUGCAAGGCAAAAGGCUGCGACCGUGUGCCGAGUCGGACAGCUACGAGCUCGAGACGCCUGCAUCGGGACAAGACUACUUUGAAUGGCUGCUCCUCUCCAACAUGGGUGCAGGUCUGGGCUGA